AUGUUCCCGACAAAACCGAUUCUCUUUAUCGCCGUCUUCUCCCUAGUCGAAACAUUCUCAUUCGCCGACGUUGACACUUUUGUCUACGGCGGUUGCUCGCAACCAAAAUACUUUCCGGGAUCACCUUACGAGUCAAACGUCAACUCGCUACUCACCUCUUUCGUUAGCUCAGCUUCUCUCUACACAUACAACAACUUCACCGUCGACGGUGACAGCCCCGGCUCCGUCUACGGACUCUACCAGUGUCGCGGCGACCUCUCCUCCAGCUCCGGGGAUUGCACUAGGUGCGUGGCUCGAGCCGUUAGCCGGCUAGGAAGUCUUUGCGUAGGCGCUUGCGGUGGCGCGUUGCAGCUCGAAGGCUGUUUCGUGAAAUACGACAACGCAACAUUCCUCGGCGUGGAAGAUAAGACGGUGGUGGUUAGACGGUGCGGACUACCGAUUGGGUAUAACUCGGACGAGUUGACUCGGAGAGACUCGGUGGUGGGUUAUUUAGCGGCGAGUAACGGUGGGUCAUACAGAGUGGGAGUGUCUGGGGGCUUGCUAGGUGUGGCGCAGUGCACAGGAGAUCUCAGUGCGACCGAGUGUCAAGAUUGUUUGAUGGAAGCGAUCGGACGGCUGAGAUCGGAUUGUGGAACAGCCGCUUGGGGUGACGUGUACUUAGCCAAGUGCUACGCGCGUUACUAUGCCCGUGGAGGUCACUCACGAGCCAACGGCUACGGUGGACAUCAACGCAAUAAUGACGAUGAGAUAGAGAAGACACUAGCAAUCAUAGUUGGGUUAAUUGCUGGAGUUACGUUACUCGUCGUAUUUCUCUCUUUUAUGGCAAAAUCGUGCGACAGAGUUAAAGGUACUUAA